GUAAUAAAAAAUUGACAAAUAAUAAUAAUAAUAAAAACGUUAUCAGUACUAACAACAACAACAACAACAGCUUAUCAUCAGCAUCUGUCGGUGAGCUUAGGUACUGUAAAAAAGUAAUGGACGACAAGGGCAAUGAAAUAUUUAUUGUUCCAAAACUUCCACCUGGUACUGUAUUAAUAAAACAAACUAAUGAUGAUAAUAACAAUGUCAAUGUCAAUGUCAAUGAACCUGCUAAUGAUUUAUUGGAUAAACUUGAUCUUCGUAGAGUUGAAAAAUCAGCAUUUGGUAUUGCUAAACAAUUUAUUUCACCUCCUAAAAAAAGAGGUCAACAAGUUAGAAGAAAUCCAACUCGAGGAAGUAGAAAAAAAAUUGAUGAUGAAGGAGAUGAAGACGAUGAUAAUGAUGACAAUGAUUAUUCAAGACAAAGAUUGACAUCAUUAAAAAGAGGUGGUGGCGAUGAUGAUGAUGAUUAUAAAUUUGAUAAAAAACAAAUGAAAUAUACAAAUGUUCCAUAUAUGAAUACAAGAUCAAUUACAAAAAAACUUUAUAAUGUUGGUGCAACACAUGAGACACCAAAUGUUCAUGAUGAAAUUGAAUGGAAAGAGUGGCCAGCUCAUGGAAUGCACGAGAGGCCUGUCUAUCAUCCCCAGGUGGGAAAUGUUGCUGAUUGUGCUAGCAGAUGUUUUACAAAUAUGGAUUAUUCAUAUCAAGAUUCAUCACCACUUUCAAGACAUCCUGAUCAUCAAAUACCAACUCGUCCUUCACACGAUCAUCAUCAUCAUCAUCAUCAUCAUCAUCAUCAUCAUCGUAAUCACAACAAUAAAAAUAAAAUUUCUAUUGAAGAAACAUUUGAAAAAUGUAUGCAUUAUAAUUUACAUGCUGUUCUUGCAUUUGCAUCACAAAUUAUGACAAGUCAAUCAAAUAAAAUUGAGGAAAAAAUCCACAAAGCAGCUGGAAUUAAUAAAAAAAAAAAUGACAAUAUUGCCAAUCAAAAACUUGAUAAUAAUACACAAAUAAAAUAUGAUCAACAAGGAAUUAAUAAAAAUUCAAAUACAAUGGAUAAUAAUAAAUUGGUAAAAACAACAAAACCAAUUGUCAAUUCAAUGAUUAAUAUUAAAAAUCAUGAAAAACUUCAACAAGUACUUGAAAGAGGAACAAAAAAUACAUUAAUUUUAUUAAAAACUUCUGAACAAUCUGUAAAAAAAGAUGAUGAUGUAAAACAAGUUGUUGCAACAAAUUCAGAUUCAACAAUAAAAUUAUCAUUUGAUAAUGAAAAUAUUGAUAUAGCUGAAGAAGAUAAAUGUUUAGAAGAUUGUAAAAAAAAUAUAAAUUCAAUUAAAUCAAAUGUUGAAGUAUCGAGUGGUGGUGGUGGUGAUGAUGAUGAUGAUAAUGACAAUGAUGCUGCUAAUGUUAAUGAUAAUGAUAAUAAUAAUAAUGAUGAUGAUGAUGAUAAUAAGUUGAAUUGGCUCAGAGAAUUAAUUGGCAACACAGCAAUUUUAUAUUCUGCUGCUGUUGGAAUUGAUCAGGAUAAUUUAAUAAAUUAUUUAGACAGUUUAGACACUGAAGAGUGUUUAGAUUGGCUAAAAUUAUGA